AUGCCCAGAUUAGAUGACUCGGAAACGAUCCGCAUUCUCGUCUCAACAGACAACCAUGUCGGAUACAAUGAACGGGAUCCCAUCCGUGGCGAUGACAGCUGGAAAAGCUUUCAUGAGGUGAUGUGUCUGGCCAAGGAGCAAGAUGUAGACAUGGUGCUCCUGGCAGGCGAUCUUUUCCACGAGAACAAGCCAUCGCGCAAGUCGAUGUACCAAGUCAUGCGCUCCAUUCGCAUGAACUGUCUCGGCGAUAAGCCUUGCGAACUGGAGAUGCUGAGUGAUGCGAGCGAAAACUUUCAGGGUGCUUUCAACCACGUAAACUACGAGGAUCUGGAUAUCAACGUGGCUAUCCCCAUUUUCUCAAUCCACGGCAACCACGAUGAUCCGUCCGGAGAGGGACAUCUGGCUGCAUUGGACCUGCUUCAGGUGUCUGGGUUAAUCAACUACUAUGGGCGGACCCCCGAGUCGGACAAUAUCCAAAUUAAGCCGGUUUUGCUUCAGAAAGGGCGCACGAAACUUGCUCUUUACGGUAUGAGCAACGUCCGCGAUGAACGUCUAUUCCGCACAUUUCGAGACGGCAAGGUCAAGUUUUACCAGCCCUCGAUCCAGAAAGACGACUGGUUCAACUUAAUGUCCGUCCAUCAGAACCAUUACGCACAUACCGAGACAGGCUACCUACCCGAGAAUUUCCUCCCCGAAUUCCUAGACCUCGUCAUCUGGGGCCACGAACACGAGUGUCUGAUCAACCCGCGACUGAACCCCGAGACCAAGUUUCAUGUCAUGCAGCCCGGUUCAUCAGUGGCGACAUCCCUGGUGCCUGGCGAGUCAGUGGCCAAACAUGUAGCCAUUCUCAGCAUCACGGGCCGGGAGUUCAAAUGCGAGCCCAUCCGCCUCAAGUCCGUCCGCCCGUUCGCCAUGCGCGAAAUCAUCCUCUCCGAAGAGAAAGGCGCGCAAAAGCUUGCCCGCAAGGACAACAACCGCACGGAAGUAACCCGUCUUCUUAUGGAAAUCGUCGAAGAACUCAUCGAAGAAGCGAAAACGGAAUGGCUAGAAAUGCAAGACGACACCGCAGAAGACGAAGAGCUAGAAAUCCCAUUGCCACUAGUACGACUGCGCGUCGAAACAUCAACCCCGGAAGGAGGCAGUUAUGACUGCGAAAACCCACAGCGAUUCUCCAACCGCUUCGUAGGCAAAGUCGCCAACGUGAACGACGUCGUCCAAUUCUACCGCAAGAAGAAAAACACCAACAGCACGCGCAAACCGGGAGAAACCGAUCUCGACGAGACAGCAGUCUCACAUCUCUCCACCCUCGACACCGUCAAAGUCGAACAAUUAGUGCGCGACUUCCUCUCCGCACAAUCUCUCACCAUCCUCCCACAAAACUCCUUCGGUGACGCAGUCGCCCAAUUCAUCGACAAAGACGACAAGCACGCAUUGGAAAUGUUCGUCAACGAGUCCCUUGAAAGCCAAAUGAAGCACCUACUAGCCCUAGAUCGCGACAACGAUCUAGAGGAGGAAGAAGAAGUAGCAGAAAGCUCGUUACAAAAAGCCAUGGAGAGAUAUCGCACGCAAAUGGAAGACAUGUUCUCCCGCGGCAUCAAGAAACGCACCCGCGGCAAGAAGCGCUUCAAGCCCAAGCCCGACGGUUGGGACACCGAAUUCGACGGUGUCUGGGAGGACCAGCCCGGCGCUCUUAUCCACUCCGACAAUGAGGAUGGAGACCCCAACGAAGACGUAGCCGGCGAGGAUGGCGCCGAAGCACCCACCACAUCACGAACAACAUCAUCCACCCGCGGCCGCGGCCGAGGCCGUGGCGGCAGAGCCACCACCACCACCGCUACCGCUACAACUCGCAAAACCGCCACCACAAAAGCAGCACCUACUACUGCUUCCAAGAAAACCACCACAUCAUCUGCAUCUACCAAGACCCGCAAACGCCGCCCCGUCUCCUCCGACGAAGAAGACGAACAAGAAGACGUCAUAAUGCUCGACGACGACGAUGACGACGACGACAACGCAGCCGCCAACAUCGACGAGGAUGAGGAGGACGACGACGACGAAGACUCCCUCUUCGUAAAACAACCCGCCAAACCAGCCACCACUAGAUCCCGCAGAACAACAAAAACAACCAGCACGAGCCAACGCCGCAAAGCCCCAUCUCCAGCGCCUUCAUCCAAUACAAUUGGAGGAACGGCACAAGCUACGCGCAAAACUCGGGGCAAGCAAGCAACCCAGACGACGCUGAAUUUCGUGGGAUCGCAAAGCAGUGUGCGUGGGACGGCGGGGUCAGGGAGAUCGACGAGGGCGACGAGGGCGGCGAGUGAGGAUAUUGAGGAUGAUAGUGAUGCGUUUGAGCCGAUGGCGAGUAGUGCGAGGCGGAGAUAG